ACGCAGAAUCAUUGCUUUUCUCAUCAUACAGACAUGAACAACACCAUGGAAGCUGGACCUGAGCCCAAGCUGGGUUAUGCUCUGUUCUACGGCUCUAUUAUGGUGCUGGGUCUGCCUCUCAAUGCUGUCUCACUGUGGAUUCUGCUGAGACACCACAGCCUCAAAACCCCCAGCGCUGUCUUCAUGGUCAACCUGGCCAUCUCUGACCUGCUGCUGGUCAUCUCCUUGCCCACGAGGGUCUACUUUUACGCCACGGGCACCUGGCCUCUGGGAGAUCUGGCAUGCAUCUGUGUCGCAAUGCUCUUUCGCACCAACAUCCGCUCCAGCAACUUCUUCAUCACCUUCAUCAGCGUGGACCGGCUGCUGGCUGUGGUUUAUCCUCUGAGGUCACGCCAUCUUCGGACCGCUUGCAACGCUCUGAAAGCUGUUGGGCUCGCUUGGCUGUUUGUGUUGGUGAGCCACAUCCCAGAGGGUGUGAAAGGAUCAGUAUUUUUAGAGAGCAACAAUAAAUCCACCUGUUUUGAGCUGCCAAGAUCAGCAAUGGUCUAUGUUAAGCCGGUGUUAGUGCUCACCAUGCUGGCAGUCAACAUUGUGUGCACCACUUUGGUGUCUUGGACCCUUCACACACAUCUCAGUGACUCAGCAAGGGUCAACAACAAGAUCAAUGUCAUGCUGAUUUUUAUCAUGAACUUGGUUAUGUAUACCAUAUGUUUCCUCCCUUUGUCUCUUAGUUUAUUGAUUAAUGGGACUGCACCUCCACCUUUAGUAUGUCUCGCUGCCGUGAACUGCUGCUUGGAUCCACUGUUGUAUUACUUUUCUCUGGAUGCCUUCUGGAAGAAGAAAGAGGAUGCAGAUCUUCCAAGAGAAUAG